CCAGCCGGCGGGAUGACAGGAGCUCUGCUCAGCGCCCUAUUCCUCUUGCAGCUCUUUGGCACAGGUGAGGGGAAGAAUGAGGAGUUACGCCUUUUUCACCAUCUUUUCGACAACUAUGACCCAGGAUGCAGGCCAGUGAGGGAGCCUGAGGACACGGUCACCAUCAACCUCAAGGUCACCCUAACCAACCUCAUCUCACUGGUAAGAUACCCCACCUCCACUCCAAGCACCAUCUCUGAACUUAAAAUUCCACUUUUGGCCCCAAGCGCUGAGCUCUGUCCUAAAGUUUACUUCUGGCCCUGGAAUCCCAUCCUUAUCUCCCCUGCGCAGAACGAGAAGGAGGAGACCCUCACCACCAGCGUCUGGAUUGGAAUCGAUUGGCAUGAUUACCGACUCAACUACAGCAAGGACGACUUUGGGGGCAUACAAACCAUGCGGGUCCGUUCCGAACUCGUAUGGCUACCGGAGAUAGUGCUGGAAAACAACAUUGACGGCCAGUUCGGCGUGGCUUACGACGCCAACGUGCUGGUCUACGAGGGUGGCUACGUGAGCUGGCUGCCGCCGGCCAUCUACCGCAGCACCUGCGCCGUGGAAGUCACCUACUUCCCCUUCGACUGGCAGAACUGCUCGCUUGUUUUCCGCUCUCAGACGUACAAUGCCGAAGAGGUGGUGUUCGUCUUUGCGGUGGACGAGGGCGGCGAGACCAUCAACAAGAUCGAUAUUGACACUGAGGCCUAUACAGAGAAUGGCGAGUGGGCCAUCGACUUCUGCCCGGGGGUGAUCCGCCACCAAGACGGUGGCUCUGCUGAUGGUCCAGGGGACACUGACGUCAUCUACACGCUCAUCAUUCGCCGGAAGCCGCUCUUCUACAUCAUUAACAUCAUUGUGCCCUGCGUGCUCAUCUCAGGCCUAGUGUUACUCGCCUACUUCCUGCCAGCGCAGGCCGGCGGCCAGAAAUGCACCGUCUCCAUCAACGUCCUGCUCGCCCAGACCGUUUUCUUGUUCCUAAUUGCCCAGAAAAUUCCAGAGACGUCUCUGAGCGUGCCGCUGCUGGGCAGGUACCUCAUUUUCGUCAUGGUGGUUGACACCCUCAUUGUCAUGAAUUGCGUCAUCGUGCUCAACGUGUCUUUGCGGACGCCCAGCACUCACGCCAUGUCCCCGCGGCUGCGCCACGUCUUGUUAGAGCUGCUGCCACGCCUCCUGGGCUCGGGCGCGCCUCCCGAGGUGCCCCCCGCCGCCUCGUCGCCCAGGCGGGCGUCGUCCGUGGGCAUAUUGCUCCGCGCUGAGGAGCUGAUACUCAAAAAGCCACGGAGCGAGCUCGUGUUUGAAGGGCAGAGGUACCGGCACGGCACCUGGACCGCCGCGCUCUACCAGAGCCUGGGCGCCGCCGCUCCCGAGAUCCGCUGCUGUGUGGAUGCUGUGAACUUCGUGGCCGAGAGCACGCGAGACCAGGAGGCCACCGGCGAGGAGUUGUCCGACUGGGCGCGCAUGGGGAAGGCCCUUGAUAACAUCUGCUUCUGGGCGGCUCUGGUGCUCUUCAGUGUGGGCUCCAGCCUCAUCUUCCUUGGGGGCUACCUAAACCAAGUGCCGGACUUGCCCUACCCACCGUGUAUGUAGACGUGAGCCGGUGGCCACACUGACUUCAACUUUCCUAUCAAUCUCCACGAGGAAACAGAUUUUGAAAAACCAGUUGCUGCCACUGUUAAUUAUGAUCCUUUACCACUGUGGAUAAUAAACCAGCAUUUUGUA